AUGUUUAGAACUCGUUCCCUUUUCCGAAAGCUGACCCCACUCGGUGACAGAGUGCUCGUUAAGAGAGCUCCCAAGGAGGUUCAAACCACUAGUGGUAUAUAUCUUCCAAGAGACUCAACAAAGGACCCUAAUGAAGGUGAAGUUGUUGCAGUCGGUCCUGGAGAACGAGAUAUCACAGGAAAUCUGCACAAAACAAGUUUGAAAGCUGGCGAUAAGGUCUUACUUCCAGAAUACGGCGGAACAAAAAUUACACGAAGUCAACAGGUCCAUCAACUUGACCAAUCGUGUCUUGAUAAAUCUGUGAGUGAAAUUACAAUCUAG